CGAGAAAACUUUAGGCAGUGAAAGAUUAAAAUUGAUAGAAAUUAUCAAUUAUUUAAUCCGAAUAGCUUUCCCUUCUAUAUAAGAAAAUAUUAUAAAUCACAAAAUAAUUUAGAUCUUGCUCGAUAACUUCGUAUAUUUUAAUUUUAAUGGAAUAAUAUCCUGUUGCAUAAAGUUUCAUCAAUUAUAUUUUACAUUAUCGAAAAUUAAGAAAAACCAAGUUUUCAAAUAUACAUAGAGCAUCUGCUUUUAGAUUUAAAACUAACUGAAUAAUUAAUGAAAAGUGAUAAUAUAUAAAAAAAAGGUUGCUUCCCUUUUCUUGUUAAAAUUUCAGAUUCUUUAGACAAAAUGAUUGAAAAUUAAAUUCAAAAAAAUAUUAAUUUAUAUAUAAUAGAAGAUGCCUAUACAGAUGAAUGGAUUUAAUUUAUUAACGAUACAAUAUUGGAAAAUUUUCACUAAUUUAUUCAAAAUCCAUUUGCUUAACCACUAAUACAAAGGAAAAAUGAUGCGGAUAACGAUAUGCCUACUUAUUCAGUAUAAGAAACUUUAUAAUUAAUAGAGAAAAUGAAAAAAAGAGACUCUUAUAUAAUGUAAAUAGAAUAAAGAUAAUAUUAUAAGCAUAAAAUUCAAAAAAUUAAAAAAAGCAUUAGUUAAGAUUCCGUAAGAUAUACAGAUAAAAAUAAAAAAAGAGAUACUAAUUAAAAUUAUUUACAAAAUAAUAUUGAAAAAUAAUAUUAAAGUGAAGAUAAGAAAAAUAAUGUCUUAUAUGAUUAGCAUGAUAAGUAUUUAUCAGAAGAAUUCAAAAUAUUAAAAAAUAAAAUAAAAAUAAUGUUGAUGAUGGUAAAAAUGAAAAUAAUAAAGAUAAUAAGAAAAAUGAUAUUAAUAAUAACGAUGAUAAUAACAUUGAUAAUAAAAUUGAUAAUAAUAUUGAAAAAGAAAUUGAUAAUAAUAUGUAUAAUAAUAAUAAUAAUAAUAAUAAUAAUAAUAAUAAUAAUAAUAAUAAUAAUAAUAAUAAUAAUAAUAAAAAUAAUAAAAAUAUUAUUAAUGAUUAUAAUAAUAUGUAUGAUAAUGAUUAUAAUAAUAUUAAAAAUAAUAAUAAUAAAUUUGAAAUUGAAAAUGAUAAUAAUAUAUAUAAUAACUAUAAAUAAGAUAUUAAUAAUAUUAAUAAUGAUUAAAAUAAUUAAUAUGAUUUUAAAAAUAUUAAUUAAUAAAAUUAAUUAGAAAAUGAAUAAAAUAAUAACAAUAUCUAUAAAGAAAAUAUUUAAAUUAGUGUUAAAAAUUAAAAUAAUUAAUUAGUUAAAAUUAAAAUAAUAAUACUUAGUAUUAUUUACCAAAUGA